AGCAAUCAUGCCUGUUGCAGUCAACGAUUUGAAAACAAUGACAGUACCUGAGCUCAAAAAACUUCUCAUGGAGUAUAAGCUGAAUGUAUCGGGAAAGAAGCAAGAUCUCAUUACUCGUCUCACUGAAUAUUUGAAUGCACCCACAGAAAAGGCGGCACCUGAACCAGAAAAAGAAAUUCAAUCAGAGCAACCGAAGGUUAAACCUGCUACCAAAACCACUGCAGUACCCCAGCAAGCAAAAGAUUCUACGAAGGAAAAUAAUACCCCAAAAGAGGAAACAGUUGCAGUCAAAAGCAUUUCCGAAAUGACAGAAGCCGAAAAAUUGCAACGCAGAGCUGAAAAGUUCGGAACGAAGAAUGACGAGCUAAAGAAAGCGGAGCGAGCUGAACGAUUCGGCGUCGUUCUAUCAAGUAGUAGCACUUCCGUUUCUGCGAAGGAAAUUAAGGCCAAUGACGUCAAUGUGGAUCCAGAGACACUCAAGAGACGAGCAGAAAGGUUCGGAGAAGUAACGAACUCGAAACUUGCAAAAAUUGAAGACAGUGAGAAGAAAUCGGAGAGAGCCAAGAGGUUUGGUGUCCCUAACAGUGACCCUUCGGCCGAGACGGCGGCCAAAGAAGCUAGAGCCGAACGCUUCAAGACUCAGCUAGGUAAAGGAAACCCAGACGAUGAGAUGAAGAAGAAACGUGCAGAGAAGUUCGGACUGAUCACUGCUGCAUAAGCGUAAACAGAACUGGCAUGCAAAGACCCUAUUUAAAAAAGUUGUUUGCAAUAUCUUCUCAAUUUACACUUUAUAUAUAUUCCUUUGAUCGCGAAAUUUAUCCUCAAAGCUGGUGGCCGUACUUUGUAAUUGAUUCUUGAUGCGCGUAAUCUAAAAGAACAUUGUGGAAUCGAAGUGAUAGAUAUAAAUGAGGCUCAUCUAGUGGGAGAAUUUUUUGCCUAGUUUUAUGUGCUGUUUUAUGUUAUUGUUGUGAAUUGACCUUUCUUCGAA